AUGAGAGAUGCAAUAAGACCUGGAAAUAAAGAGGAAAAGACAAAACAGCAAGGAAAGCUGGUGACUAUGGACAACUCUAGACCAGAGAGGGGGGAGCUAAAUGCUGCUACAGCCUCUGUUCCGGGUGAUCAUCUUUACCACCUCUUCACAACUUUGCCAAUUCAAGACAAGAAAAAUAAUGUGGUCACUGUAGUAGAGCAUCCUUUUGAAAAUUCUAAGGGUUUGGGAACCUAUAUCUUUGGGGCUCAAAAAAAUAAUGCUAUCGAAUCCGAUGGAGGUGCACAGUCCUGUGGUUCUAGGAAUACAAGGUCUUGGACCAGAAAAAAGAGGAACGUUGUGGGUCAGUCUAUAGACAAAGAGGAGGGUGUCAAGAUUGAUCCAAUAAACGAAAAGUCGUGGGUGAGUAAGCGAAAGACAACUGUUAUUGCAGAACCCUCUUCAAAAGUGUCAAAAACAUAG